AUGCAGUCUCAACUUUCUAAUGAUGUUACGACAAAUAAUGAGAUUGAAGACAUAAAUCUCAUUACAUUACCACCAGGUUACAGAUUCAACCCUAAUGAUAUUGAGCUGAUUGAUUAUUAUUUGAAACAAAAAUUACAAGGUGUUCACAUAGUUCCACCAAGGAUUCAUGACGUUGAUGUUUACAAAUUUUCUCCUCAACAAUUAGAAAAUAGUUAUAAAUUCAAAGGAGAGGACACAAUGUAUUUUUUUACGCCAAGAAGUAAGAAGUAUGAAAAUGGACAACGUCCUGAUCGAGCAGUUGAAAAUCAUGGUUUUUGGAAAGCUACUGGAAAAGAAAAUUCAGUGAUGAAUAAUGAUGUUGAAAUUGGAUUCAAAAGAAGUUUAGUGUUUUACACAGAAAAUAGUUAUAAUUCAAGGAGAGACACAAUGUAUUUUUUUACGCCAAGAAGUAAGAAGUAUGAAAAUGGACAACGUCCUGAUCGAGCAGUUGAAAAUCAUGGUUUUUGGAAAGCUACUGGAAAAGAAAAUUCAGUGAUGAAUAAUGAUGUUGAAAUUGGAUUCAAAAGAAGUUUAGUGUUUUACACAGGUAAACAAGGAAAGGCUAAAGAGUUAGUGAAUUUGAAGACCAUUGGAUUAUGCAAGAGUUCAGAAUCAAAGAUUUUACAAUUUCUUGUGCAACUCUUUAUAAUAAUAAGAUGCACUUCCAUGCCACAAGAUCAACAUUUUGAAACCGCAAUGGAAGAAGAUUAUAGUGAUCCAUGGAAGUUUAUAAACUUCGAUAAUAUUGAAAUUAGUUAA